CCACCACCUCAAGUUGUUGUACAACAACAACCGCCACAAAAAAAGAAUGAUAAUGAAGGAUUAUGUUUAGGAUGUGCUCUCGGUGCAUGUUUAUGCUGUUGCUUUGAAGAAUGUUGUUAA